AUGUUUUCUAAUACUUUCAUUCUCUCUUUUUCAUUCUUCUUAAUCUUGUCAUUUUCUUCACUAAUUAUAGCUACUUUCAAUAAUCUUACACUUCCUCAUCAACAUCCUUUUCCUGAAUCUAUUGUUCAACAAGUAAACAGGAGGAUCAAUGAAUCCAUAUCAAGAAGGCAAAUAUUUGAUACAACAGUAAUAAAUUACCAAUGUCUAACGGGCAAUCCGAUCGACGACUGUUGGAGGUGCGACCCGAAUUGGGUCAACAACCGCCAGCAGCUCGCGGAUUGCGCCAUUGGGUUUGGUCACGGUGCAGUCGGAGGGAAAGGUGGCCGGUACUACUUGGUUAGCGAUCCCUCCGACUUUGACACCGUGAAUCCUACCCCUGGAACCCUCCGGCACGCAGUGAUCCAGGAGGAGCCCCUCUGGAUCACCUUUGCCGGAGACAUGAUCAUAAGGCUCAAACACGAGCUUAUGAUCAACAAUUACAAGACCAUAGACGGACGUGGCGUGAACGUCCACGUCACGGGUGGUGGAUGUAUAACAUUACAAUAUGUUACAAAUGUGAUUAUACAUAAUAUACAUAUAUACAAUUGUGUACCAUCAGGUAAUAGUAACAUAAGACAAAGUACAACACAAGUUGGAUGGAGAGGAAUGUCUGAUGGUGAUGGAAUAUCAAUUUAUAGUUCAAGAAAUAUUUGGAUUGAUCAUUGUGCUUUGUCUCAUUGUACUGAUGGCUUAAUUGAUGCUAUCAUGGGAUCAACUGCUAUUACUAUAUCUAAUAGUUAUUUCACUCACCAUGACAAAGUUAUGCUUUUGGGACACGACGAUCGAUACGUACCCGAUGUUGGUAUGCAGGUGACAAUAGCAUUUAAUCAUUUUGGAGAAGGAUUAGUACAAAGAAUGCCAAGGUGUAGAAGAGGUUAUAUACAUGUAGUAAACAAUGAUUUUACAGAAUGGCAAAUGUAUGCAAUUGGUGGAAGUGCUAAUCCCACAAUUAAUAGCCAAGGCAAUCGUUUUACUGCACCAACAGAUCCAAAUGCCAAAGAGGUGACGAAGCGUGUGGACGUGGACGAGAGGGAUUGGACAGAGUGGAACUGGAGGACAGAAGGGGAUGAAAUGGUAAAUGGAGCAUAUUUUGUUCCUUCAGGUGAUGGAAUUAGCAACCAAUAUGCCUUGGCAUCAAGCAUGGAGCCUAAAUCUGCAUUUCUCAUUGAUCAACUCACCAUGAAUGCUGGUGUUAUUAGUGUCCCCAGGGAUACCACUGUGGCCAUGUCAUUUGGUGGGAGAACCAGAACAACCAUUACCGCCAACCAGAGCAGCAGUGUUAGACCUUCAAGGUCUAACGAUGGUGAUGGCGGUUUCUUAGAAAAGGUAUUUGGGAGCGUUGCAUCAGCAGGAUCAUCAACAUCAUCACCUUCAAGUUCAACCACCAACAUCUUGUUUUCUCUUCUAAUUUUGUAUAUAAUCACCAACAAUGUUGGGCUAUUAACAUUACCAUUAUCACUCAUACUACAGUAA